UUCCACGCUUUCAGUAGGGACUUCCAUGCUGGUUAGGAGGAGACUGUCAUUCGUCGCCUACAGUUCCCAGAAUACUUUGCGUUGGAGGAGCGUGCCUGCAACCGCAGGGGGCGCUGGGAUUGAUAGGGAUGUUUCCAUCAUGGCGGCAUCCAUUUCAGGUUAUACUUUUAGUUCUGUGUGUUAUCACAGCGCCAACAGCAACUCAGAUCAUGAGGGCUUCCUAUUAGGAGAUGUAAGGCAAGAAGAGACUGUCACCAUCACUGACGCACAGAUCAGCACGGCAGAGUUGCUCCAGGUAGUAGAAAUCCAUAACCAUGAUCCUUGUGCACAGUUAUUUAGCUUUUAUGACUACGCAGGCAAACUCAAUGAGGAAAAUCUCAACAGCAUACUUAAAGAUAGGCGGAAAAACGUCAUUGGCUGGUACCGGUUCCGGAGGAACACGCAGCAGCAGAUGUCUUUCAGGGAACAGAUCAUCCACAAACAGCUGACUGAGCUUCUUGGUGUGCCCGACCUCGUCUUCCUUCUGUUCAGCUUCAUCUCCACCGCCAACAGCUCCACACACGCACUAGAAUACGUGCUUUUCAGACCUAGCCGCAAUAGGUUCAACCAGAGGAUAACCCUCUCAAUCCCAAACCUUGGCAACACGAGCCAGCAGGAGUACAAAGUCUCCUCAGUGCCCAACACCUCACUCAACUACACGCAGGUCAUCAAAGAGCACGGGGCUGAAUUCUUUGACAAAGAUGGUGUGAUGAAGGAUAUCCGAACAAUAUUCCAAGUCUACAGUGCACUACAAGACAAAGUGCAGGCUGUGUGUGGGGAGGUAGAAGAAAGUGAACGUGUGAAGGAGAAAAUUCAAGAGGAUGUGAACAAACUCAAACAACAAAUUGCUCUAAGGAAACGCGAGACAGCAGAAGAGGAGAGAAGGCUGCGGGAGGCCCAAAACACAGACUCCCAUCCCACUCCAGAGGAGAACACGGAACCCUCUGAAGCUUCCUCUCUCUCCAGGAUAACGUUUCCCACCCCCUCUGCUCCGGAGCGGCCCAGUACCUCACCCAACCCUCCAUCUUACACUGACCUCUUGUCCCAGGAUGACUCUCUGCUCUCCUCCUCCUCUUCCCCACCCACCAGCGCUGCUCUGCUGCCCCGACCUCAAGCUGUGGGCUCCCCGGGACACCCCCCUCCCGGCCCGCUGGGGAUGGGCCUCGGGUUGGGCCUCGGGUUGGGCCCGGGGCUCGGUGCCAGCUCUAAUCCUGUCGCCACUCCCAGCACCCCGUACCUUGGCAAUGGGGACGGAUCGAGCUCUGACUCAUUAGACAGACAAGCUGCUGGGCAGGAAGACGACGAGGAGGAUGAUGACGAAGAUGAGGACAGUAGCGAAUAUGAGAACUUAGUGAGUGAAGCUGCUCAUCUGCCAAUAGCCUCUGGCAGCGUUUUAACACAAGGCCGGCCGGCUGCCCUCGGUCCGGACGGGGACGCUCGCGGCUCACAGACAACAUAGAACCAUGCCACAGGGUGUGUACAGGACACAAUUAAGUGACGCACCUUGAUAGGAGGGCAUCUCAAGCAAUCAAAGAUAGACAAAAGGAAGUGCCAGUCCUGAAAGUGAAAGGCAUGCACAGGUGGUGUCCCUCUGCGAGUGUUUCUUGUCUUAGUCUUAUCUCCAUUUUAAGGGGAAACUUUGGUAUGCUUUGCAGGCUUAACAGGUGUGUCUCACUGCGGGAAAAGAUGUCUGUCUGAAAUAGGGUCGGUCUGGGUACUUCAGUGCGGAUGUUUUGGCUCUCUAAAUGCUCCAUGCUUUCUGUAUCUUUUGUUUCACAUUUGCUUCACCAAUUCUAAGCACCCACUUUUGCAUUACCUCUUGCACUAUUUGUUUGCCUUCUUUUUAACUAACGAUCCAAGAAAAACAAAAGGAGAACAUUAUGCACACUUCCAAAAAUUGUUUUUAACAAGAAGUAGGUAAACAAUGGUUAACUUUUUAUGUUUGAUUUGAAAAAGAGAUUUAAAUUAUGUAACUAGAACUCCUUGAAAUGCAAAUGUAUCACGUUUGGAUUUUGAACUUAUUAGUUUUUCAUUUGUAUGUUCCACAGUCUCUAAUUAAUCAUACAAAAUUUACUUCGCCACUUUUUAAAUGGGUGCUUUAUAUAUACAUAAUUAUAUAUAUA